AAAAAAUUUUUUUUUAUAGGCUCCUGGAGAUCAUGAACUUCAGUGUGAUUACUGGGAAUUAAUUGGCUUGUCUCCAGCUGGAGGAAUUGAUAAUAUUUUGAAUGAAGAAUCCCAUGUAGAUGUACAGUUAGAUAAUCGCCACAUGAUGUUACGUGGAGAAACACUUUCAAAAAUUAUGGCAUUUCGUUCCACGGUGAUUCAGUGUUUCCGUGAUCAUUACUUUAGUCGAGGCUAUCGUGAAGUUACACCACCUACACUUGUUCAAGCUCAAGUUGAAGGUGGUUCAACUUUAUUUAAAUUGGAUUAUUUUGGACAAGAGGCAUAUCUGACUCAGUCUUCCCAGUUAUAUCUUGAAACUGUCAUUCCUAGUUUAGGUGAUGUCUUUUGCAUUGCGCAAUCAUACAGAGCUGAACAGUCUCGCACUCGAAGACACGUAGCCGAAUUCACACAUGUUGAAGCUGAAUGCCCAUUUAUUACAUUUGAUGAUCUAUUAGAUAGACUUGAAGAUUUAAUUGUUGAUGUGGUUGAAAGAGUUUUGGCUUCACCAGUUGGACAUUUGGUGAAUGAAUUUAAUCCUAACUUUAAAGCACCAAAGCGACCCUUCCGAAGAAUGAAUUACAGUGCCGCAAUAGAAUACCUUCGUGAGCAUAACAUCACAAAAGAAGAUGGUAGUUAUUAUGAAUUUGGAGAAGACAUUCCUGAGAUGCCAGAACGCAAAAUGACUGAUGAAAUUAAUGAGACUAUUAUGUUAUGUCGCUUUCCUGCGGAGAUAAAAUCAUUCUACAUGCCAAGAUGUAAAGAAGAUAAUCGGCUUACAGAAUCUGUAGAUGUUUUACAGCCUGGUGUCGGUGAAGUUGUAGGAGGUUCUAUGAGAAUUUGGAAAUAUGAUGAAUUAAUGGCUGGAUACAAAAGAGAAGGGAUAGAUCCAAAGAGUUAUUAUUGGUAUACAGAUCAAAGAAAAUUUGGAAGUUGUCCACACGGUGGAUACGGACUUGGACUUGAGCGUUUCAUUACUUGGCUGUUGAACCGUUAUCAUAUCAGAGAUGCCUGUCUCUAUCCUCGUUUUGUUGAUCGUUGUGUACCGUAAUGGAUUGAGUUUAUUUAUAAAUAAGGAAAUCCCAGGAUGAGACCAAAAUACUUAUUUUAUUGUUUAUUCAGCGUGUGGACCAUGCACUUGUUUAGAAAUAAAUAGUAUGUCCAAUGGAAAUACAUUAUGGAAUAUAUUUAAAGCAUCAACAUCUAAAACCCAAGUGAUUGCCAGAUUGUAUUGGGUUAUAUUAUUACUGUUAAUAAUAAUAGUAAUGAGCCUGAUAUAAUCUGGCAACCAUUUGGCUUUAGAAUAUAUUUAAUUGUUGAAGAAUAUCAUGCAAUGAAUGAAGUAAAUUUGCAGAAAACACUUACAAUAUUAUCUAUAAAUUAGUCAAUAUUCAAUUAUCAAAUUAAAAACAUUCUCAAACAUUUACAAUAUUUACACAUAAGGCCAGUUCAAUAGCAUAGUAGUGUAGUUUUAUAAUUUCUGAAAUAACAAAUUUAAUAAUAAUGGAUUUACUUCUUAUAUGUUCAAACAUAAAAGAUAUACAUUACAGUAAUGUAGAAUGGUAACUGUGCUUUGUCAUCACAGUUACCAUUACUUUAUUCUGAAAGUAUCUCACCAAUAAAAAGAAAAAUGUUAAAAAAUCAAACUUUCAAAUAACAUUUUAAUUAUUUUGUUGUAAAAAUGUUUUAAAAAUACUACUAGAAUUAUUAUAAUCUGUUGUUUUAUAUAUUCCAUUAAAAGUAAAAGAUGAAUA